AUGGCGACAACGUACGCCCCGGACGCCACGUUGCGCGACGUGAAGCGCUUUCCGGCGGACCUCGCCUAUGACCAGAGCACGUACUUUGGUCGCUUUCGCCAUUUUCUCUCCAUGACGGAUCCGGCCACGCUGCUCACCUCUCCCACCCGCCUAGCAGCCAGCGAGGCGUUGCUAAAACGAGUGUCCGACAAGGCGGAGAACUGGGAGAGCACGCGCGUGGUCGACUACAUGGACGCGUCGAAGCGAGUCCGCGCGAUUGUGCAUCCUGACACGCAGAAACCCAUCCUUCUGCCGUUUCGUUUCUCCGCGUACAUCCUGAUGAACUUUUUGAACCUCUGCGGCAUGCUGCAUCCCUCUCAGCAGACGCCGCUGCGCGCCAUGUUUUGGCAGUUUAGCAACCAAACGUACAACGUCGGCUUUAACUAUUGCAACGGCAGCGGCAAGGAUGGGCUGCCGAUGCACGAGCUGUUCACGGGGUACUGCGUGGCCACCCUGACCGCUUGCGGCCUGUCCUACGGUCUUUCGAAACUUGCCGCGCCAGCUUCAUCUUCUUUAUCGUCGGCGACGUCCGCCGCCCCGCCCAGCGCACGACAGCGUUUUCUUCAGCUUAUCAUCCCCUACACCGCCGUUGCGUGCGCAAACAUCGCUAAUCUUGCGGUAAUUCGCUUUCGCGAUGUCGUCCGCGGCAUCCCGGUACAAGACGUGGAGACGGGGGAGUAUCUGUGUGGCGGGGAGCCAUCGCCGCGGGCGGGACGGCUGGCCGUGGCGCAGGUCGCGCUCAGUCGGGUGAUGAUUCCCAUCCCGCUGAUGCUGCUGCCGCCCCUCUUUUUGAACUUUCUCUUUGACCCCGUGAAGGGCGUCCCUUUUUUUGCACAGCGACAGAAGGCGCUCUUUAUGCCGGUGAAUGUAGUGACGCUUGUCGCGGUGUUGACCCUCGCCCUGCCACUGUCCAUCGCCGUAUUUCCGCAGCAGAUGGUCGUGCCGGCUUCGUGGCUGGAGGAGCGGUAUCAGAGGGUCACGGACAGCAACGGCAACAACAUCCAGUCGGUCACCUUCAAUAAAGGUCUGUGA